AUGAAAAAGGCAGCGCGGCAACACUUGUAUAGUGUGCCGCUUAGUGGUGCAUCGACAUAUAACGAACACUUUAAUGAAAUAGAAAUGGCAUGGCUUACAAAACUAAAUGCUGAUGACUUCAUAGCACUCGAAAAGGAGGGGAAGUGGAAGUGUUGGGAGGACUGUGCUGCAUGGCUAACGUCCCAUUCAGUAACGACCGACCGCUACCUUGUCCCCAAUUUGGAAGCGAUUGGAGGGCUGGAAGAGUUUCGAUUCAAAAGCAUUACAGCUGAGGAGUUGGAGUGUUUGGAGGGCUGGGAAAACCCGUUUUGCCACGGUGAUUAUACUUAUGUGCUGGGGGUGGAGCCUCGUGCUUUAACCAAUGAACUCUGUUUUGGGGUAUUGUUGGCCAUGAGUGGGUUCGAUCCUCUUUUGACGAAGACCACUAUGACAUAUUAUGGUGCCUCGAUGAUGGCUGAGUGUAUUAGACGUGGGUUCAAACGGACCACCAUUGGUCACUUUGGCAUGAAUGGGUACAACAAUGAACGGAUGAAAGUGGGUUAUGUGCCCACUCCAAUGGAGGCAGUGGCAGACAAAGCCAAACUGCAGAUGCAUCGAGCUGCAUUUGCUGGUCAUGGCUUGAAGCCGCAGUUGGUCCGCAUCUCCAAGAAUCUCACAACUGCUGCUUUGCAAUUCACUGAGAAAAGGAACCCCUUGGCAAUGGAGCUAACAAAUCAUCUUCCUGGAUUGAAGAUUGCAACUUGUGGCUUUCGGAAUGGUAGGAAUGGUGGAACCAAGAAGAAAUCACGCCGUCGUUCCAAGAAGAAGCAAAAAUGCAACAACUUGCACAUACUGGAAACGCGGACGGCAUACAAACCACAGCACCUUGUGUAUGGCUUUUGCAACACAAGUCAUGUGGAUUGUGAUUAUCCAACUCGUUUGGAACGAACUGAACUUUCCAACGGGCCGUACAGAAGAAGUGUUCCUACACUGAGAAUUUGUUGA